AUGCAUUUGAAUGAGCCCAAACAAGCCACCCUUGACCGUGCCAGAUCGCGAACGGUGAUCAUCACAGGAGCCGGGGGAGGUAUCGGUGCGGCAACGGCCAAGGAGUUUAACAACCACGGUGCCAAAGUGGUCCUUGCAGAUAUACCAGCCCUCGAGAGCAAUGCCCAAGAACUGAUUGCUUCGUUCCCAUAUCCUGACAAUGCUGUAUUUAUUGCAGUCGAUAUGCGGGACUGGCAGCAAAUGCAACGUCUGUUCAAGCAAACAAUUCAGACAUUCGGUAGUCUGGACACCGUUGUGGCCAAUGCCGGCGUGAUGGAAUCAGAACAUGUUUUAGAUAUGGGGGACGUGGAUAGCGAGGGAAACCUGCGCGAGUCACAAGAAGCAUCGAGGGUCAUUGAUAUUAAUAUCAAGGGAACUCUAAACACAUUGCGGCUCGCCAUGCACCAUAUGCGAUUAUCAUCCAACCUGAAGAAGGGCCAACCGUCGAUCGUUCUAGUGGCAUCUACAUCGGGAUACUUUGGAGGGACCGGGGUCGCAGCGUACAUCGCUUCUAAGCACGCUGUGGUUGGACUAUUGAGAGCAUCCCAACUAGCUGCAAAACGGUAUAACAUUUCCAUCGCCGCCAUCGCUCCCUUCUUCACACCAACAGCGAUAACCUCCGGCCUAACCGAGCGCUGGAAGGCGGCUGGAUUAGAAGCAAACACGCCAGAGAUGGUUGCUGGAAGGUUUCUGCGCGAGCUAGAGCUGACCAGGGGGGAUUUGAUCCCAGAGUGGCUAGGAGGGGAUGUGAAGGAGUUCAUGGACAGAGCGUUUAAUGUAAUUCAGGAUACAGGCGGCUAUCAACUGCCAAAGAUCAGGUCCAAAGUAUGCAUUCUUUUACCUGCAGAGGCUCGGACCCUGGCGCGGACAAUCCAAACAACUCCGGUUGAUGUUCAACAUGAAGGGAAAUCAACCCCGCAGCGCUAUUCGGACACUUGCCCGAGAGUGACGCCAGACCCAUUGCCUCUGGAACACCGCAUUUAUCUGGACUCUGCUGAUUUUGCUCUGUCACAGCAAGCAAAUCCCUGCACUAUCCAGGAAUUGUAUAACUUUCAGCAGCAAACCGGGCCUCCUCAAUCUCAAAAUAUGGCCACAUUUCCAAAAUACCCAGACCUCCAUGGUAAAGUUGCCUUAAUCAUGGGAGCCGGCCAAACCCACGUCCCGGGCUCGGAAGCAUGGGGCAAUGGAGCAGCAAUCGCUCGAUGCCUGGCCCUAAACGGCGUCCAGGUUUUCGGCUGCGACGUGAAUCUCCAGGCGGCAGAGCGUACCGCUUCACGAAUCCAAGCCGAAGGCGGGAAGUGUGAUAUUGCCCAAGCCGAUGUGACAUCUGAAAAGGACGUGAGGAGAGUGGUGGACACCGUGAUGGCAAAGUAUGGCCGAAUCGAUAUCUUGAUCAACAACGUGGGCGCCACAGUAGCCGGUGACCCAGCCAGCAUGUCCCCCGAUGUCUGGGACAAACAAAUUGACCUCAACCUGAAGACUGUCUACCUAGCGUGCCAUGUGGUGCUCCCAAUAAUGGAAAAGCAAGGAUCGGGAUGCGUGGUCAACAACGCCUCCAUUGCGGGCUUGAGGUAUAUUGGGAAGCCACAGGUCGCGUAUUCUGCGGCAAAGGCUGCGGUAAUCCAGUUUACGAAGGUCACGGCAGUCAUGUACGCACCAAAAGGUGUUCGAUUGAACUCGGUAGUACCGGGUUUCAUUCACACCCCUUUGGUGGAUAACUUCAAAUUCAGCGGGCAGCAAGAGGUUUAUGACAAGAUUACCCGGCAACCCGUCCCUUUGGGGCGCAUGGGGGACGCGUUCGAUAUAGCCAACUCUACAGUAUUUCUGGCCAGCGACGCGGCUAAAUAUAUCACUGGACAGAUAUUGGUUGUGGAUGGUGGAUUUACAAGCUCCGCUGCGUCACUAUAA